AUGCUAAGACGUUUAAGUUUAAGCCAUUCUCUCCAGGAUGAAGAAGUUGUAAGGUACAAAAAUCAAUUGGAAUUGGUUGAAAACCAUUAUGAGGAGGUUGCCAAGUUCUUCGAGAAAUACGCUAAAACUACUGAAAAAAUGGGAAGAAAAGGUAACAACUUGGCUAAUACUAUAUUGACUAGUUUCGAGGAUUUGGAGCAACAAAACAUUGUGAUACAAGCUACAAAGUUUACAAAUUGCUUAACGUCUGUACAGAGGGAUCGAGAAGAGUUAGCUAGCGAACUGCGCGAACGUAUUGCAAGCGAUUUUCGAGUUUAUGAGACAAAACGUAGCGAAACGAAGAAAGAAGUGAGAGACUACAACCAUUUGCUAGUCAAAGAACACAACGAAAAAGCCGAUCUGCUACGAUUACAAGGGAAAUACCCCACAAACACAAGAAAGAUAAUAGAGACAAAGGUACGACUGGAAAAAGCUGAAAUCAUGACGAGAAAUGCCAGGAACUUAUUACACCAACAAAUGGAAGAUUUUGAGAAGCAAAAGCUGAAUGACUGUGGGCGGAUACUACGAGAGUUUGUUACUUUGGAAAUGCAGUUCCACGCUCGUGUUCUUCAGACCUACACAAAAGCUCACCAACACUUGAUGAAAAUCCAUGAUUCUCAGAGUGAUACUGGACAACACGAUUAUAUCUCUGAGCUGAAGAAUGACCGGGACUCGAACAGUACGCUGAAUGGUGUAACGCCUUUCAAAAGUAAAGGAAAAGACUCUAAACUAUCCUUAAGUGACCUUUUUUAA